UAGGCCUCCACAUAUCCACCUUCCAAUUGCAGCCUCCCCUCUUUCAUAUACUUCAGGAAAUAAUUAUAUAAUUUCAAAGACAAAAUGAAGCCUUCUUUGAUGUUCACCCUCUUGCUUCUCUCCUUUUUCCUUUAUGAAGCUCAAGGUAUAAGUCUGGAAAAGUUAAGUAUACCAACUAGCAACCAUCAAGAACUCAUAACUAAGAGUUCAUCAAGCAAUCAAGACGAUGCGUCAGGCAUGGCAACCAAGCUUCCAUCAGGAAUAAACAGAAAACUUAUGACAAAAAUGAAAUCUUCAAGUUUUACCACCACCAAUGACAAGGACUACAAGAAAGAUCCGAAAAUCGACCUAAAGUUUGCUCGUGAACUAGUUGAAAUGGAGGAAACUUUUUCAACUACAUUGGCACCGUCGAAACAGGCAAAGACAGAAGUUGAUACAGAGCGGUAUCCGGAUGUCAUAGACAUAACGGGAAUGGAUUAUUCGCCAGCCAAGAGAAAACCUCCAAUACACAACUGAAUGGAAUAUACGAAUUGGAUCGAUUAAAACGUAUAGUGAUGCAAGAUUCCAACUCGAACCCCAUAGCUAGGCAGCUAGUUGAUCAUUUUAUAAGAACUUUUAACAACAUAAAUACAUUUAGGUUAAGUUAUACUCUCCAUAAAGGUUCGUGUAUAUUAUAGUAUUUUUACUAUCUGAUAUUUUGUAGCAUGUAUGAAUAAAGUGCAUAUGAUACGAAUCAUUAUAAAAUAACUAUUCUAUCGUU